AACUGGACAUUUCAUAAAUGAACAAUUCAGAUUACAGUCUGUACUGCUGGAAAUGCAGUCAUUUCAGUGGUGCCCAUACCAGCUCAAAUUUGUCCACAGCUUUGAUUAAAAUUACGGACAAAUUUAGUCUUGGUGGCAAAAUUUUAAUGGUAGUCACGGACAAUGCACCAAAUUUAAAAAAUGCUAUUUCCACCAUUCUCAAGUGGAAACAUUUUGGUUGUUAUGCUCACACUCUUAAUUUAGUUGUGCAGGAUGCACUUAAAAAUGUUCAGGAAGUUCACCAGAAAGUCAAGACAAUUGUAGGUUUUUUUAAAAGGCGCAGCAGUGCAACAGAGCGGCUCUUAACAUGCCAACAGAACAGUGGCAAAGUAAACAUCAGGAAAUUGAUCCAGGACGUGCCCACAAGGCGGAAUUCAACCCUGUUCAUGUUGGAACGAAUUGUCGAAUUGUCAGAGGCAGUGAAAAUUACAGUUGCCCUUUGUAACAGGCCCACAGAUCUUCCGUCACUGUCAAAUGAUGAGUGGGAAAUCUGCUCCGAACUCUGUUCAAUUUUGAAACCGUUUGAGCAGGUUUCGAGGCAGCUCAGUGCAGAGGAGUACCCAACUGGCAGCUUGGUUAUAGUCCUGACACGUGGACUUCUGGCAGUAUGUGACGAAAUAGCCAAAAUGCAGUUACAUGAAGUUUCAAGGAAAGUUGUUUUGGCACUAAAAGAAGGGCUUACAAACCGGUUUUCGAAUCUUGAGCAGAGCAAGUCCAUUGCCCUUGCUACACUGCUGGAUCCACGUUUCAAAUUGCUGGCAUUUCAGAACCAGGCACCAGCAGACAACACGAAGAAACAAUUAAUUAAUAUUGUUGCACAGAAACUGGCAAAAUGUAGGCCAGUAGGUAUUCAGCCUUCACAAUCUGUUGAGCCAAACAAUUUGGCAACUGAGUCCUUCUCUGUGUGGGGCAUAUUCGAUAAGUUAGUGAAACAUGCACAGCCACAGGGCACAGAACAGUCAUGUGCUAUUGUAGAGGUUCGAAGGUACAUUGACAGCUCAGUCAUCAGUAGAAAUGAGGAUCCUCUGGCAUGGUGGAGACAAAAUCAAUACAUAUACCCAACCAUUGCAAAGGUAGUGAAAGAGAGGUUUAAUGUUGUAGCAACUUCUGUGCCUUGUGAGAGGGUCUUCUCAAAAACUGGACAUUUAAUAAAUGACAGAAGAACCCGCCUCAAGCCAUCGAAUAUAGAAAAACUAAUAUUUCUGAAUGCCAAUGGUACCUGUGAUUAGUGCUGAAAAUUCUGGACCCGUGUGAGGUUUGCCUCCAUGGAGGUAACUACGCACUUUCAACACAAGCGAACAAGACCACACAACUGUAUG